AUGAGAAUAGAUAUCGAGGAGCCUCGAGAUGCCGUGCUAGUUACCAAUGGCGACAGUGAGAUUGGACAGAUGGUGAUAUUGUCACUAAUUCUGAAAAGGGCCAGAAUAAAAGCAUUAGUGAAGGACAAACGAUCAACUGGAGAAGCUUUUGGAACUUACGUGGAGUGCAUGGUUGGCAACAUCAGAGACAAGUCCUUCACAAGGAAAACAUUAAGGGGUGUUCGUGCUGUAAUUUGUCCAACCGACGAUGGCUUCUUUUCUGACCAGAUUGACCUCAAAGGUGUCGAACACAUUGUCCUGCUAUCCCAGCUAUCUGUCUACAGAAAUAGCGGUGGGCUCCAAGCUAUUAUGAACAGCAAGCUAAGGAAGCUAGCUGAGCGAGAUGAAGAGGUGGUUCUUGCAUCUGGCAUCCCAUCUACGAUAGUCAGGAGUGCUUCUCUGGAGACCACUCCGGGUGGUGAGAAGGGGUUCAAUUUUACAGAGGGUAUAGCAGCCAAGGGGAAAAUAAGCAGAGAGGAUGCUGCUACAAUUUGUGUGGAGGCCCUGGAUGCCAUUCCCCAGACAACACUCAUAUUCGAGGUGGCAAAUGGUGAUGAAAACGUUACAGACUGGAAAACAUGGUUCGCUGAACGGAUGGCAAAGGGCUAA